CAUAAUAAGUUCAAAACAUUAACAAAACACAUAACUUCAUUCAAAUCUCCAUAAACAAAGCACAAAUUAAACAAAACACACAAAAUAUAAGUAUCCAUAAACAAAGCACAAAUUAAAACAUUAGAAAUCACUUCUCAAAGCUCUAACUUCAUUCAUCACCGGUAAAUACCCAACCCAUAUAGCAUAUACCUAUUAUCUAAUUAACAACAAUUCCAACUUCACAAACUAACCACACAACAAUUUUUUAAAUUAGAUACCCAACUAACAAAACAGCAGAGCAGCUUAUUAAAAGAAAACAGAAAGAAAACCUUGAGCAGCUGCGUAAGAAACCCCAAAUGAAUCUGAGAUGGCGACGGCUAUGGGUGCGACGGCGCUGCCAGCCAUGGUGAAGCACUACAGGCCUCCCGGCAAGAAAAACGAAGGUAAUGCUGCAAGGUUCAUCACCAGGUCAAAAGCCAUCAAGCAACUUCAAGUCAGUCUACCCCUCUUCAGGAAAGUAUGUAUUCUGAAGGGGGUAUUCCCUCGGGAGCCAAAGAAGAAGGUGAAAGGAAAUCACCAUACUUAUUAUCACUUAAAGGAUGUUUCAUACAUCCAACAUGAACCAUUACUCGAGAUCUUGAGAGAGAUCAGGGCAUAUCAACACAAAGUAAAGAAAGCCGAGGCCAAGAAGAACCCGGAUCGUGCUACUCUUCUCAGACAAAGAAGUCCUGCUUACAAAUUAGACAAAAUUGUUUUGCAGAGGUAUCCGAAAUUCCUUGAUGCUCUUAGAGAUUUGGAUGACUGUCUCACAAUGGUUCACCUCUUUGCCGCCUUACCUGCUAUUGAGGGCUGUAUUGAAGUGAAACGCAUCCAUAACUGUCGGAGGUUGGCUCAUGAAUGGCAAGCUUACAUAUCUCGUACGCAUAGAUUGCGUAAAGUCUUUGUAUCUGUUAAAGGCAUAUAUUAUCAGGCCGAGGUUAAAGGGCAAAAGGUCACAUGGUUGGCUCCUCACCCUUUGCAGCAAGUUGUGACGGAUGAUGAUGACUUCAAUAUCAUGCUAAACUUUUUGGAGUUUUACGAGGCUCUUCUUGCCUUUGCGAAUUGUCAUUUAUAUCAUUCAAUAAAUGUGAAGUAUCCACCCAUUCUUGAUCCUCGAUUGGAAGCUUUAGCAGCAGAUCAUUAUGCUCUAUCAAGGUAUUUCGAUGCAAACUCUCGAUCCUCUGCGUGGGAUUGCCAAGAGUCAAGUUUGUCUGGAUCUGGAAAAGUUGAGAGCCAGCAGAUUGGGCCUUUGGUUGAUGAGUCUGAACUAAGACUUGCCCAACUGCAGCAUCAACUCUCCUCAAAUGAACCUGGUGCAUUGAUGCACCUUGUGGAGGAUGUUCCAGGUGAGGAUGAAGAGGAUAAUGAUACGAGGGAGUGCAAGAAACUCUUCAAAGAUAUGAAAUUUUUCUUGAACCGUGAAGUUUACAGAGAUUCUCUGCUUUUUAUCAUACCUGCUUUCGGUGGAAUUGUUUCCUGGCAAGGAGAUGGGGCUCCCUUUGAGGAAGAUGAUGACAGCAUCACCCAUCAGAUUAUUGACAGGCCAAGGCAGGAUGGGAAGAUCUGUGGUAGAGAAUAUGUUCACCCACAGUGGGUUUAUGAUUGUGUAAAUGCUCGGAUCAUUUUACCAACUGGGAAUUAUUUGAUGGGAAGGGAUCCUCCUCCACACUUGUCACCUUUUGUUGACAAUGACUCUUUCGAGACCGAAGGUGUUAUUAACCGAGCAGAAGCAGAAGCAGAAGUUGCAAAGGAAAAGCGGAAGAAGAUGAAGGCUCAUGAGAAGCAGCAUCAUCAUGAAUUAAUUAUGGAACUUGAGGGUGUCACAGAUUCAUCAUCUAUCUCGAAUAUAGAUAAUCUGAGCGCUGAUCGGGAAGAACCUGAUCAUGAUUAUGAGCAAGUUGAGGAGGAUAACAGAAUUAUGUCUGAAAUUGAAUUGUCACGUUGGGUCAGGGGGGUUAUUGAAGGCAUGAGGAUAAGCAGGCAACGAAAGAAGCACCUUGAUGAUGUUAUUAGGCAACGGAGGAGAAACCUUAGAAGAACAUGAAGUAUCUGAACUUCUUUU